AGAACUCGGUUUCAGGUGCUUCAAUUCUCUGCUUUCGACGACCCAGGAAGUGACACUGUAACACUUGGUUUCAGAGAAUUCAUUGAUAUAUCACGCAGUUCUAAACACUGCAGGUUCAUAUAUUUGAACGCAGGAAACAGAGCUGUCGCGUUAAAUCCGGUUGGACUCCACCGGAAGAUUUUCAGGAAGAUGCACGCCGCCAGAUACAACGAUCACAAUGGUCACAAUGAGCGGAUUGACUUCCUAACGAACAAAGAGAAGGGGUCAUCACUGCGGAAGACCUGCAUCAUCGUUGGUGUUGUGGUGGCAUUUUUGAUCCUUGCAGCUGUCGCAGCAUUUCUCAUUUGGCUGUUUCUCUUUAAAGACAAUGCAGAAGGCACCUUUAGUAAGCAAAGCAGCCCACAAUCACAGGUCUUCAGUGGGCACAUGAAGCUGGAUGAUGUAUCAUAUGCCCAGAGUCUCGAGGAUACAGACAGCAAGGAAUUCAAGGAUAUGGCAAGAAAACUGGAAGCAAUUCUCAAAGAAAACUACAAGAAAGAUUCAUUCCUUGCAGAAUACUACAGUACUUCGGUGGUCACUGCAUUCAGUGAGGGCGUGUUAGCCUACUACUGGUCCCAGUUUGUCAUCCCAGUAGAAGACUUGGAGAUUGUGCCGGAGUUCUCAGAAGAGCGUGUGUUGGAGACACUGGAGAAAAUACUUAAUAAGCCGCGAACUGCAAGCACUGGGAAUAUUAAAAUAAGUGAAAUCACUGCCUCCGUCACAGAUCCUCGCAUGGCCAGGAGCCCUAGAGCCACGGAAUGUUUCCACCGCCUGGAGGCUGAAGAAAAUGUGAGGAAAUUUUCGUCUCCCGGUUACCCCAAUAGCUACCCCCCCAAAUCUCGAUGUCAGUGGCAAAUCCGAACCGCAGAGAACAUGGCCAUAUCGGUCCAUUUUUCUUCUUUUCACAUCGAGGACGACUGCAGUGAUGACUUUGUCUCCAUAUAUGACUCUUUGAGUCCAGACGAUUCUCAGGCCAUCACAGAGAAGUGUGGUCAGAGGCCCCCCUCCAACCCACUGGAGGUGGUAUCAUCCGGCAACAUCAUGCUCAUUAAUUUGAUCACCGACACUGAUGUCCAGAGGCCAGGCUUUGAGGCAGUGUACAAAGCUAUCCCUAUUUCUAAAGUGAAAACAUGUGGCGGUGUCCUCGCUGAUCAAAAAGGAGUCUUCACUUCUCCACUUCACCCUAGCUUCUAUCCGCCUGGCGUCAGCUGCAAGUGGACCAUCAGGGUCCCUCGUGACAGAAAGGUGCGGGUGAAGUUCACCAUGUUCCGCAUGAAAGAGCCCGGGGUGGACGUCCGUGUGUGUCACAAAGACUAUGUGGAGGUUAUGGGCAACAAGUACUGUGGAGAAAUGUCAUCUUUGGUUCUGACCAGUGAUAGCGAGGUCCUGGACGUGAUCUUCCACUCUGAUGAGUCCUACACUGACAAAGGCUUCAGUGCAGAGUACAAUGCAUAUGAUCCUGCAAACCCUUGUCCCAACCAGUUUGCUUGCGCCUCUGGCAUCUGCAUUGGCAAAGAGCUGCAGUGUGAUGGCUGGAACGACUGUGGUGAUAUGAGCGAUGAGAUGAAAUGUGAUUGUGAGAAGGACCAGUUUGCUUGUGGCAAUGGCUUGUGCAAACCGAAGCUCUGGGUGUGCGACAGGGUCAAUGACUGUGGAGACGGCAGCGAUGAGAAACAGUGCAGUUGUGAGAUGAAUGAGUGGCGCUGUGGGAACGGGCACUGUAUGCCUCAGGAUGUUGUGUGUGAUGGCAACAGAGAUUGUGAAGAUGGAAGCGAUGAGGCCUCUUGUAAAUCCUCUUCAGGCAUCUGCACUGACUUCUCCUUCAAGUGUAAAAACAAAGAAUGUGUCAAUAAGGUGAAUGCCGAAUGUGACCGUGUCAACGACUGCACUGACAACUCGGAUGAGGACAACUGCAAGUGUGGCGUCAGGCCUUAUAAGUUGAACCGCAUCGUUGGAGGUCAGAAUGCCGAGCUGGGCGAGUGGCCCUGGCAGAUCAGCCUUCACUUCAUGACCUAUGGGCAUGUUUGUGGUGCCUCUAUCAUCUCUGACAGGUGGCUCCUUUCGGCUGCCCACUGCUUUGUAACGCAUGACCCAGCGAACCAUAUUGCAUCCAACUGGCAGACCUACAGUGGCAUGCAGAACCAGUAUAGUCAAGAAAAUGUACAGCGCCGCUCAUUGAAGAGGAUCAUAUCACACCCAGAUUACAACCAAAUGACCUUUGACUAUGACAUUGCACUGCUGGAGCUCAGCGAGCCGCUGCAGUUCACCAACACCAUCCAACCCAUCUGCCUACCAGCUUCCUCCCACGUCUUCCCUGCAGGCAUGGCCUGCUGGGUCACAGGCUGGGGCGCGCUCCGAGAAGGAGGUCAGAAGGCACGGCUGCUGCAGAAGGCGUCGGUGAAAAUCAUCAACGACACUGUGUGUAAUGUGGUCACAGAGGGCCAACUCACCUCCCGGAUGCUCUGCAGUGGAUUCUUGGCAGGAGGAGUUGAUGCAUGCCAGGGAGACUCUGGAGGCCCCCUGGUGUGUUUCGAGGAGAGUGGGAAGUGGUUCCAGGCUGGCAUCGUGAGCUGGGGUGAGGGCUGCGCUCGUCGGAACAAGCCCGGUGUCUACUCGCGCGUCACCAAGCUGAGACAGUGGAUCAAGGAUGAGACCGAAAUUUGAUGCGGUAAAGGGAGCAGUGAGGGAUCCAGAGGGGGCAACAACAAUGUCAGAGUGCGAGAAAUAAUGGAGAAGGAACAUUUGAGUCUGAGUUAAGACUUCCAAGUCUCUCCAAGAUGCCUUCAUGUGACAGCAGAACUGUUGCAUGGACCCAGCUAUUCACAUCAGUGACUUUAAGCACUUUAUCAGUUGCCAACCCUCUAUUCCCACACACCCACAAACCCACACACACACAGCAACUCACACUUUGUAUAUCUGUAAAUCAGUAUGGUGCCUUUUAUCUCCAUCAAUCAUUUUCAGAAACAUUUGAUAAAUGCACCCUGAAACCAUUGAAGCAUUUUUUUAAAGUUAAGUGUUAUGUCUUUUUUUUAGGUGAAAUGCCUUAAUCCGCUUUGGCUACAGUGGUUUUCUUUUUGCACUUUGCCAAUGGUCCCAUACAGUUGAUGGCUGUAUGUUUUUAGGGGGUUUAUUAUUAUUAUUAUGUGUGGACUAUUUUGCUUGUUUUAAUCUAUUUGCUACAAAAUACAAGGCAAACACUGUGUAACCAGAAGACGAAGAAAAUGACACCAAACAUUUUGCUAAAAUCUAUUAACGGGCAUUUUCUAAAAGGAAUGAAAAAUCAGAAGCAUCCUGGGGGGUAGAAAACGUAUUAAUCAAUCUAUCACAGUGUUGUGAAAAAUGGCCAGCAGUAAUGCUGUGUAUCAGGUUUGUAGCUGGUGGGCCUAAAACAGCAAAAACACCAGCACGAUUCCUUGGGAAUUGUGAUCUGAGAUUGGAGUCGUGCUUCAUUGCUUUAAGUUGCUGUUGAUCUGAAUGAGGAUCGUAUAUCAGUGAUUUUAUUACACCUCUACAGAUACAUUUGCCCAGGUCACUAGUUAAGCUCCAGGUGAUUAUGGUCUUCACUCACAUGCAGAAUCCAUGAGGUUGUCACUUGCUGCCUGAGCACUGCAAUGAGUUUUCAUCCCUGUGAGAGUUUCCGUCUCUUUGGUCACAGCCAGCUCAAUUAAUUUUUCAGUCCAAGAUUGAACGGUGUAGUUUCUUUUAAGAUGUUUGCCUUCAUCUUUGACUUAUUCUGGAAAAGUCCUGCAUAAACAAACCAAAGAUAUAUUUUAGUGU